AGAGAGGAAAAGUAAAGAAAGAGGCAUCGGCCGAACAAGUUGAACCACUCAGUGGAAGAGGUACUGCAGAUAAGAAGAAACUAAAGGACUUCCCAUAGGCGUGAGGGAAAUUGCAUACGCCAUCCGGAGAAGGGGGCCAGGAAAUGGCUUCUUGUUUUCCAGACAGCUCCUGAGCUCUCUUCGAUGGCACUGUGAAAGCUGGAAGACUGGCUGCACAGCCAAGGGAGACACCCAGUUCAAAACUGGUUUUUUGCCGGAGCAGCUUUCUACUGCUGAAAGUUGUAGCCAUGAGUCCUACAAGAUAUCCCAGUUGUCAGUGAUUUCCUCUGAGGAGGAAGCAACGCAAAUGACAUCUUAGUCAAAAACAGGAUUUUGACCAACACCAGUGAAGAUUAAGAAACUCAUUUGUCCCAGCGACAGCGUCGGACAGGCCAUACAACAAGCCUGAAGACAUGAAUUCCCCAGGGAAAUCAGUUUUCUGCUUUGUGUUCCUGAUUGUGACUUAUUCUUCUCAAGCUGCACUGAACUUAAAUCUUGAAUCCAUUGUCCAUUCUUUGAUCUACAGAGGCCAUGGACAAGAAGGUGAGAACUAUAGGGAAGAGUCACUAAGGCACAAACGAGCCGUGGCCACGAGCAGCCCUGCACCUGAAGAAUAUGAUAUUGAGAUUGAGAUAAGCUUUGAAAAUGCAUCGCUCCUGGAGCCUUUCAAGGCUUACCUAAAAAACCUCAGUUUUCCAAUACAAGUGAUAAAUGCCACCCUGAGCACUGACAUUUUAAGCAUGAAAGUUACAACAGUAUGCAGGCCCCAUGGAAAUGAGACUUUAUGUUCUUGUGAAAGUGGAUAUAAGUGGCUCCCGGAAGUGUGCCUCAGUAACCUCACUUGUCAAAGCUAUCGCAGCUCAGCCCCAGAAGACUGUAGCUGCCUCAAGGAAAUGCCUGCCAAGGGACCCUAUUGUCAGCAAGUCAUUCUAAAAGACAUUACCCUAAGGAUGUCGGUCACACUCAAGGUGGACUUUCAGGAUGACCUCAAGAACACCUCAUCUGCCCUGUACAGGUCAUACAAAACGGAUUUGGAAAGAGCGUUCCGGGAAGGUUACCGUAUAUUACCAGGCUUCAAAUCAGUGAUGAUUACAGGCUUCAGGCCUGGAAGUGUUAAAGUUACCUACAAUAUCCUGGCAACAAAACCAACGCCAACACAAAUGAAGGAAGCAAAUGACCAAGUGAAGACACUGAUCAAUUCAACAUAUAGAGUGAACGACUCCUCCUUUGAAGCAUCUCUUGAUAAUGAAACAAAGUUCUCCAUUGUCCCAGAAAUCAUCUAUGAAGGGGAUACAGUGGAAAUAAAGUGUGAAAAUGAAGUGCAAUCAACAAAUGUAACCUGGCACCAUUUUGAAAGGGUCAUAGACAAUCAGAAAGACAGUGAAUUCUCCAUUUACACUUAUCUGAAUAACCAAGUUUCAAUAUCAGUCCUCACUAUUAAAAAUAUUUCUCUGAUUAAUGCUGGCGAAUAUGCUUGUACUCUAACAUACGACAUUUUUGAUUAUGAGGGUCGGAAAAAAAUCAACGUGAUUUCCACAGAAAUUGAAGCAUCAGAAGACCUGAAGGUGAUGUGUGACAACAAUCCUGUAUCUUUGAGUUGUUGCACUGGGAAAGAUUUUAAUUUGACUAAUAUUGAAUGGAAUCAGGAAGGGCUGAUCAGCAUUCCAGGAAUCAGCUCCUCAGAUUCCAGGUGCAGUAAAUAUACCAUCAAGGCCGAUGGAACUCAGUGUCUAAGUGGAUCCGCUGGAACGGAGGUAUUUUACACAUGCAGGUUCAAGAGUGGCCAUGGAGCUGAUAUCAGCAGAAAGAUAAAAGUCACGUUUACAUCUGUGGCCAAUCUGACAGUAACUCCAGGCCUGAUUGCUAUUUCUGAAGGACAGAAUUUCUCCAUAAAGUGCAUCAGCGAUGUGAGUAGCUAUGACUCAGUAUUCUGGAACACUUCAGCUGGAACCAAAAUAAACCCAAAGUUUUAUGUCACCAAGAGAUAUCCUGAUAGAGCUGAAUCAGUACUUGCCGUAGAGACUGCAACAAGAGAAUGGAAUGGGGUUUAUCACUGCAUAUUUAGGUACAAGAGCUCCUACAGCAUAGCCACCAAGGACGUUACCAUUUACCCACUGCCACUGAAGCCCGACAUCCUGCUCGAUCCCUUGGAAGCUGACAUUCCCUGUGGGGGCAUCUGUCACUUACGGUGCUGCAUACAUGAGGCCACAGACUACAGAGUUACUUUCCAGAUUGAUGGCUUGUCCUUUCCCACUGUAAAAGAAACUCAAGAAAAUCGGGUCUGCUAUGAAUACAGUUUAAUGGCAAACACAACUGCCUGGUGUUCCAAAACAGUUCACGCAUCUUGUAUCUUCAUCAACUCAGUCAACAAAACAGUCCAGAGCGCCCCAGUGACUCUUCACUUUGUUCCUGAGGAAAACUUCACAUGCCAAGAUCCCAUCACAGGCAAUGGCAAGCCGGGGAAAAUGAUUCGGAAAUUGUGCCAGUUUUCAAACAUUCCUAACAACUCUAGACAUCAAAUGGGUGGAACCAUCACUUACAUAUGUGAAGGCACCACAUGGAAAGUAAAGAACAAUAACUGCAUCUCUGCACCGAUCAACAAUCUGCUUGGCAUGACAAAGACUUUGCUUAUGGGCCCUGAGCAAGAAGAGAAGCUGCCAACGUACCUUCAGAAUCUGUCCAGUAGUACCAGGGAGGUGCAAGAUGAGAUCAAAUGGUCACCUGGAAACCUGAGGGCCAUCGUUACCAUCCUGGAAUUACUAUCAACAGUCCCAACCCAAGUGAAUACAGAUAUGAUGACACAUGUGCUCUCUACAGUCAAUAUCAUUCUCAGCAAACCCAUACUGAGUACCUGGCAGUCUCUGCAUCAGCAACAGGCCAAUGAGAGCUCUCAGCUGCUAGAUUCUGUGGAGAGGUUCUCCAGAGGGCUGCACCAGGGAGUCAGUGUCAUUCCUUCCAUCAUGCACCCCAACGUGCAAAUGAGAGGCCUCGUGACUACGGCCACACGCAUCACCGACUACGACCAGCACUUUCUCUUUCCCGAUUCCAAUCUCUGGGGCCAGGUGAUCAUCGACAAGCAACAGAUAGAAAACCUGGAGCCAAAUUCAUCCAUCAUCACGCUGGCAUACCCAACACUAAAAGCUAUCCUGCCCCAGAGUGUCCAGAACAAGAACUUUGUGAAUGGUCUGGUGAUGACAACCACUGUGAGCCAGGGUGUGAUGAAAGCGUUCAAGAUUUCAAUGAAAUUUAAGAAAAACGAUCUGUCAUUGGUGGCACCCCAGUGUGUCUUCUGGAACUAUCACCUCUCCAACUACACGGGGGGAUGGGACAAUAGUGGGUGCUUUGUUGAACAAACGAAAGAGGACAGUGUCUUCUGCAGCUGUAAUCACUUAACUUCAUUUUCUAUCCUGAUGUCCCCUGAUUCUCCUGACCCCAACUCCCUCCUAAAAAUACUGCUGGAUAUCAUUUCUUAUAUUGGCCUAGGCUUUUCCAUCUUGAGUCUAGCAGCCUGUCUUGUGGUUGAAGCUUUUGUCUGGAAAUCGGUGACCAAAAACCGGACUUCUUACAUGCGCCAUGUUUGUAUUAUAAACAUCGCAGCCUCCCUCCUGAUUGCUGACGCCUGGUUCAUUGUAUCUGCUGCCAUUCAUGAUCAGAGCUACCUGUUCAAUGAAAUGGCUUGUGUGGCUGCCACCUUCUUCAUCCACUUCUUUUAUCUCAGCGUCUUCUUCUGGAUGUUGACCCUGGGUCUCAUGCUUUUCUACCGCUUGGUCUUUAUCCUCCAUGACACAAGCAAAUCUGUCCAGAAGGCGAUUGCCUUCUCCCUGGGCUAUGGUUGCCCACUGGUCAUCUCCAUCAUCACGGUGGGGGUCACCCAGCCAAAGGAUGUGUACAUGAGGAAAAAUGCCUGCUGGCUUAACUGGGAUGACACCAAGGCCCUCCUGGCUUUUGUGAUUCCUGCACUGAUCAUCGUGGUGAUAAAUGUGAGCAUAACGUUCGUGGUCAUCACCAAAAUCCUGAGGCCCUCCAUCGGGGACAAGCCAAGCAUUCAGGAGAAGAACAGCCUGUUUCAGAUCAGCAAGAGUAUCGGUGUCCUCACUCCCCUCCUAGGACUCACCUGGGGGUUCGGACUGGCCACUGUGUUCCAGGGAAGCAAUGCUGUGUUCCACAUUGUAUUUACCCUACUGAAUGCCUUCCAAGGAUUAUUCAUUUUGUUAUUUGGAUGCCUCUGGGAUAAGAAGGUACAGGAAGCUCUGCUGCAUAAAUUCUCCCUGUCUAGAUGGUCUUCACAGCACACAAAGUCGACAUCUCUGGCUUCAUCUACUCCUGUAUUUUCCAUGAGUUCUCCAAUAUCGAGAAGAUUUAACAAUUUGUUUGGUAAAACAGGAACGUACAACGUGUCGACCCCAGAAACAACCAGCUCAUCCGUGGAAAACUCAUCCAGCGCUUAUUCUUUGCUUAACUGAAAACAGAAAACCAGAUUUGCGUGACUUCUGGGAACAGUGGACUUUACUGCCCAUUGACAAGCUUCAGAAAGGAAGACACCUGUAAAACAGCCAUCUGUAAAGCGUCCUCUCCCUCAAGGCCUGAUGGCCCAGACUUUUGCACUAGGGAAGAGGUCACACUAAAUUGUGUCAAGACUUUGACUUCAAGUGGUUUUAUUGUUUACUUUUGACUUGGUUCUUCUUUUAAAUGAUCCCCAACGUGUACAGUAUUUAAAUGAUCGCAAAUGUCGUCCCAAACCUAGCUCCUUCUCUGGCUUGAAUGUGAAUUAAGGUCUUGCAGAGACAUUAUCAUUCCUAGUUUGGGCUCAAUGCUAAGCUUUGCUUAAAUAAUAGGGACUAAAGAGCUAACACACGCACAAAAGUGUGGUGUUCUUUUUUUUAAAAUCUAAAAGGACAGUUUUAUAUUCCAAUGAUAAUUGUCUACAGUGGGCUAGUUAUAUGCUAUAAACAGUGGAAAUGCAGAAAGACCAGAAAUUGCAAACUGAAAGUUAGUCUCAAUAAAGCUAUGCCAAAUCAGUUGCAAUCUGAUUAAAGCACAGAAAAAUAUGAAAAAAUAGAAAAAGUGGAAAGGAAAUUGCAUUGUAAAAAUCCUUUCAUUUGGAAUAUCUAAUUUAUCAGAAAAAAACAGAAGAAAUAUAUCACUUUCCCAAUAGCUUUAUCCUUAUGUUUUGAUGUUUUAGUUACAAAGAGAAAAGGGCAAGGGAAACUGGGAAAUUAUUCUUUUGUAGACCCAAGCACAGAGCUGUAACUAAGGCACGGUGACUGGAGCUUUGUCCCAAGGUGAGAAAUUUGGAGGAUAUCUAUAGCUUCGUCCCAUGGCAUAUUUCCCUACUCUGUUCCCGUUAUAGUUGCUUACCCUUCCUCCCAUUUCAGCAGCUUACAAAUCUUGUAACUUCCUUCCCUCAGGGGCUGUACUCCAGGUGAGCCUACCCCCUUCCCACUUGUCCCAGGUACAGAAAUGACUAUAGUUCAGCCCAAGCAAAAACUAAUUAUAGGUCAAAUUAAAUAGAGCUUGUAAGACAAGUCAGGUUGUUAAGAUAGCUCAUUGAGAACUCUCUUUGAAAUGUGUUCCAAUGAUCUGGAAUCUUCCGAUUUCUAAAUUAUAUCUAUUGCACUGGAAAAAAAUUCAUAUUCUGAUUAUUUAAGAGCUUUAGCCAGGUACUUCUCUGUGCAUUAUAUAGUAGGUUUUCAUAUGUUAUUGCUCUUUAGAUAGUGAUCAUGAUGAAUGAUAUAGGUAACUGUUUCUCUUGGUGUAUCCCACAGCUCUACAGUCUCUCCCCUAGAUCUCUCGCUCACAGACCAGUUUCCAUUAAGAUGUUUCAUGUGGUUCAGGCUGACUACAUUCAACCCCUUAGAAAAUCUUCCACAAAAGGUUUUAUUUAUAGCUGGCUUUUCUUUGCUCCUAAUGACACUUCUGCUUGGUGAACAGAUGAUGGAGCCUUUCCUAAGGUUUAGGGAAUAUUCUUCUCCUUGUUUAACCCCCAUUUUAAUGACUAUCAUCAUCUGUAAAUAUUUAUUGACACUCUUGGCAUUUCACCUAUAUGGAAUAGGUAAGGACCCUACCUUCACCCUCUAAGAAGAUUAGACAGAUAAGUAUAUAUUGCUCUCUUUUUACAUUUCAACUUUCUUUCCUUUUCUAAUUUUAUUUUGGCAUUUCUUUUUGUCUUCUCCACUUUUAUUUCUGUUUUCUCACAAGGCCUGGAGAUGGAACAGGGAAGGCUACUAAAUUAUGCUUAGUAUUAGGUGAACUCCUUAUUUUCAUCUAUUAAUGAAAAUACAGAAGUUUACCCCCAGGCAAACCUAAGAGUUGGGCAAUAAAUGGUCCAACUGAGGAUUCCAUGGCUAAGCGUCUGUUAAGAACAGUGGCUUUGGAGUUGGAGAGCCUUAGUUCAAAUCCUGCCUCCAACAUGACUUAUAUAACUUGGAGCAUCCAGACCUCUGUUUCUUUAUCUGUAAAAUGAGGGAAUUAGACCAGAUGGCCUUUGAGGUUCCUUCAAGUUCUAGAUCUAUGAUCCUACUGGGUGAUCCUAUAAUAAAUUAAAGCAGCUUAAGAGGUCCAGAUAGACUGGGAAGCUUUCACUGUCAUAGACUUAGAGUUGGAUAGCACCUUAUAAAUCACCUAAUUUAGCCUCCUUGUUUUCAGUAUUAAAAACAGAGGCCUUGGAGAGGUUUGCUGGUGUGCCUAAGAUCACACAAGGUCCCCUAUGUGCCUCAGGGCUGAGAAGGCUUUGGAAAUCUCUACAACAAAGGAUGCCUAACAAGGAAAGAACUUGAGUGAAAAGGAAGGUUAUUUUGCUCUGGAAAUAUGAUAAGGUCUCAGAUGAUGCCUACAGCUAGAAAAGAGAUGAGCAGAAAAGAGUCACAGAACAAAAUUAGCUUAAUUCCAGGGAAUGAGGCAGGCAAGUGAGGAAGAGAUUCUAACAUCUGGAUUUUUAAUGGAGAGAGAAGGGAAUCCCUAGAUCCACAUCCUGCUGUUAAUUUUGUAUACUGUGCAUUCACCAGCUUCAAUGGAAACCCUAAGGAGAUUAUUGUGCCUCACAGUGUGAACAAGAUUUGUGGAAUUUCAGGAAAUUUCAACAAGGUUACGUAGGAUGUGAUAUUAGGAUCAUGCCCAAACUCCUGAAUGGGAGCACGUUCUCUGACUUCCACAUUACAAAAUUCAUACAUACACACACACACACACACACACACACACACACACACGCACGCACACCGCUUCAACGCGCUCAAGGGUUGCUCUGAAAAUAGAUCAAGAAAUGCAGUUCCAGAUUCCCCAGAGUAGUAAAAGAAAAAUGUGAUUUUCUGAUUUCUAUGCCUUCGUCCAAGAUGCUUCAAAGGUCAAUCAGUGACAUUUCCAUUGGUUGAUUUAUUUCCCAAGAAAUCUUCCAAGAAUUGAGUAAUGAGAUCCCAAAUUGUGUGAGUCCAUGAGAGGAAGCCUAACACUCAGGAAUGCAGAGCUCCACAGUUGACCCUGUGGUGAGCCCCUUUUCCUCUACAAUAAUCAGGCCUCAUGUGGUAACCCUGAAGGAUAGAAGAGAGUUGGCAGCUAAGACAGCCUGAUAGUUUAUGUUAACUGAAAGGUGUAGUCUGCUUUAUUUACAGAGAGGGAUGGUGUUUGGUUUUGGUUUCUCUCAUCUCCCUCUCGAUGGGAUCAUCUGUGAAAUCUCUAAAGCUUGAGAAAUGAAAGUGAAGCUAACUUCUUUAUGAAGCCGCCAUCUUCCAAAGGGCCACUUUCACCAACUUGGGAGGUUCUAUCUGGCAUUCGUCAAGUUCCUACUGUGUGUAGGACAUUGUGCAAGACAUUCAGACAGACACAAGGAGAAAUAAAUUUCCCCAGAACUUAGCAGAUUUCUUGGAAUAUAGUAAGCUCUUAAUAAAUGUUUGUUGACUGACUGGCUGCAAUAAGUUAGCAUCCCUGUUCUUCAGGUAUUCGUAGUCUUGUAGUGGCACUGCUGGAAUUUCUGAAACAGAUAAUAUAGAAAUAGUCACUGAAAAUCAUUCUGCCAAGCCCCAGACAAUGAUUUAAGGCAGGUAUCCCCUAGAGAUGGCACAACUCUGCAAUCUCUGCUCUUUAUGCCUACCUAGCUGUUUAGAGAAAAAUGAAAAUAUUCUUAAGAUUUUCAGAGUAUGAGAGAGUAAGGUUUGUCAGGAUAAGGUCAGGGAAAAGAAAACAUGAUACUGGGGAUUUAGAGUCAGAGGACCUGAGUUUAAACCCAGGCUCUCCUUCUUCCUUAAGUGACCUUACAUAAGUCAUCUAACCUCUGUGAGUCUCUGUUUCGCCAUCUAUAAAAUGAGAAGGUUGAUCUAGAUGACCCACUCUGAAGUCUUUUCUAGUUCUAGGUCAGCACACCUAUGAUUAUAGGGAUCCCCAACCUUUUGUGGUUCACAUAGGAAGCUGUGUGAGAAUGAAAGGUUUAACUGGAGUAGGAAAGGAUUAGGUAGUAAUGAGGAGGUAGUAAAAAGGCAGAUAAUGAGUAAGGUGAGGAAGUGGGAGAUGAAGUCUACAGAGUGGUUUCAAGGUAAAGGUCGUUGAAGGUCGUGAUCUUUUGUGAGGUCAACAGAGGGUAAAAGUGGGCUACUAGAAUUAAUUUGAAGCAAGCAAAAAAAAAUUAAACCAAAAUAAAACAAAAAAAAACCUGACUUUUUCCUUUACCUGUCAGAUUUGAGAGCAGGAGAAUUUGGUUGUGAUCUCAGAAGGGGCUGGGUAAAUGCAACCAGGUGAUCCGACCUUAUUAUGUCAUUAUCAGAUGUUUGGAACAAGCAGCAACUGCUCUGAAAAGGAGGGACCCUAGAACCCAUGCCCUGUGUAAUGUUCUAGGUGCUAUAAAUGACAAUGCCUCAUUUCAGAGAUAAGGAGAAAGAUGUCAUAGGACUUCUUACUAUGGAUGUAGUCUCUGUGUCAUAAUUUUUGAUCAUAUGUUGCCAGGAUGACUGGAGAGUAGGCUUUUGAUCCAUGUUUGAGGACAAAAAAGCAAUUAGAAACUUCAAAAGUCUUUGCCAAUUUUCCUUCUUUGCAUUCAAAUAUUCUGUUGCUACCAACUAGGUCCCAUGUUAGAUUUCCUGCCUUCAACCAGAGUUCUCAACUUGCAACCAGUGAUAAUGUCUUACUUUGCACUCUCCUACUACCCUACCCAAAUCACUGCAGCGACUACUGGCGACCCAAAGAGAAAAUUUGAUGCCCUUAGUCAAAAUUUCAGCUAAACCUUUGUGAGUUAUGAGAGCAUCAGAUCUCUAGUGAAUCAGUUGCCUCCUUUUGGGAACUGCCUUUCCCUUAUAUUCAGGGACUGUUUGGGUAAUAUUUCCACCUACGCUUAGAGAUAAUUCUAAGUGAGGUCUUAGUGACAAAUAAUUACUGUUCUGCUAUAAAGUCUGAUAUUUCCAAGCUCUGAUUGCAGAGAAAUCACUGUCUGCCCCAUAUGAGAUGUUAUCAGCAGUAUCAGGUGUAUUUUUAGUCACAUGUUAACUACCACAAAAUUCCUCCGUGUAUAUUGACUAUGAUCAGAAAAGAUACUGGGGAUGAGGGAGUUUAUGGUAUUAAGAGAUCUCUUGGUUUCCCCUAAGGGAUAACUGUGUUUCAGAAGUGGUUGGCGAGAUCCCUCUAGAGAAAGGGCUCUUAACAGACUCCCUAAGGACAGAUUUCAGAGGGUCUGUGAACUUGGAUGGGGAAAAAGAAUUAUGUCUUUAUUUUAAUAGAAUUGAUUUCCUUUAUAACUCUACAUAUUUUAUUUUAUGUAUUUAAAAAUAUUAUUCUGAGAAGAGAAUCUUCAGCCUUCACUAGACUUGCCAAAAAGGGCCAUGUCAGAAAAAGAGAUUAAGAACUCCUGCUGCUCCAUACUAUCUUUAAGACGCUUACUGACAAAAUGAAGCCUCUCACUACUGUUUGUUCUGUCCAAAGUGUCUCUACUAUGGGACCAGUAGCAAAGGUUUCCCACUGUAUUUAAAGAAGGUUCUUUAGGGCAACUGGGUUCUGUGUUUCUUUUGCCCUGUGAGCAAAAGUGAGAGGUCACCCUUCCAAAAAAGAGGCCAUCUGGCUGUUACAGAAAUCCACAAAAGGGAUGACAUUUAGCUACGGUAAAUUCUAAACCUACUGAUCUUCUAUGAACCAACUGUCUUUCAAUAUGGCUUUUCUGGCUAGUGUGCCCUUCAUGUGUGGGCUGAUGUCAGAAGAUGUUUGGGUGGGCAGACUGAUGUCUAAUCUUUGCCCUUAAUAUCUACAUUUUUGUUUCCCAGCCUUUCAAAACCUUCUCUUUAGUCCUGUCACCCUUCUCCCCCCCACCCCAGUGCAAAGCAUUGCCUCAGUUUCAUGUCCUGGAUUACGAGCAUUUUCCUAUUUCAGUAGCCCCAUGGGCUUCCCUUGAGGUUCUUCUUUCUCUCUUGUUAGAUUUCUCUGUACCAUAUUGUCCUGUCUGUGAUUUUUAGCUUGUUUUCAAGGACUCUGUUCUCUGUAAGAUAAUGUAUACUGUCAUGUAAGAGGAAGACAUUUAUUUUUGUAUUUCAGAGUUUUUUUUUCUUGCCUUAUAAAAUUCACACCUCAGAUAUAUAAACAGGAGGGAAAGUAUUUGUUCUUGCUUCUUAUGUGUAUUUCAUCACCAAAUUCUCUGUCAAUAAAAGCUGCCCACACAGG